AUGGCUAAAUUUCUUGUUCUUUUCUUGGUCUUAACAUACUCAUUUGUGUCUUUAGCCAUGGAUAAUGAAUAUGCAUUAAAUUUGGCAAAUUCCCCUACUUCUAGUCCACCUUCUUCAAGUAGAAAACUUGGAAAACAUAAUCAAGAAGAAGAGAAGAGCAUUAAUUUUCCCAAAGAAGUAAUUGAUUCUUCACAUCAACAAGAGAAUAUUAAUGAUGUUAAUCAAGAUCAUCAUAAAGAAAUCAAGAUUAAGCAUCAUCAUUCAGUUGAUAAGUCAAUAUUUGGAGGUGGAGUGAUUCUUGGGGGAUUAGCAACAACAUUCUUUGUGGCAAUAUUUUGUUAUAUUAGAGCAACUAGAAGGAAGAAUAAUGUGGAGCCUAGUUCUCCCAGUGCCCCAUCAACAGUAUGA